GUGUCAGUCGACCGCCGGUUGUCGUGACGUCCGUAUCGUCGUAUAGAGAACAACGCACGUCGUCGACGACUGAUUUCUUCCGCGAAACGAUCAUCGCGAAUGUUACAAGGGACAACGCGCGCGGAGUAACCAAGAACGCCGGCGUGAAGAAGUAUUCACGUGGACGGCCGUAGACUCGCGGAGCUACCUUUGUUACAACACGCGGCAGAACAUGACGGAGACAACAUUGACGGAUUACGAGGAAGGCCUAUGUUUCGACGAGGAUGAUCCGGACUUCGCGCCCCCAACUAACACAGCGGACAAUAUCACCGUUGCUCAACGUUUGGCGAACAGCAAUGUCGUUGACGAAGUCACCAGUCGAUCAAGUCAGAUCCAAUUAAAUCAGCUCAACAUGUCGGUCACUUCUGUGCAGCCCAAUGCGGAGAGCCUGUCCCGUCACGGGAGCAACAUCUCCUUAUGCCAUAGCUUGUGCGGGAGUGUGGACGACGGUCUCCAAGGCUCGCAUCCCCAGUACCAGGACACGAUUGUCACGAUAGAGGAGCUACGGGCUCAACUGAACUCCUGCUUUACAUGCGGGGUAUCGUGGAGCGAGGAGCACGUUUCCUUGGACUGCAGCGAAUGUGGCGGCUACUCUCUACAACGACCGUGCCCGCUCUGCGACGGUCGCUGCCAUACCGCGUGGAAGCGUGACCUCACCAUGUCGCACGCAAGCGGCAAAGCGAGAUGGAUCGGCGAAUGCGGCCUGAGCUGCGGACCUUCGUUGGAGGAAUCACUGGUGCCCGCGUUGGAGAAGUUGCGGGCUACUUCGUGAACGCCGUCGACGGCCGGCACUCAAGCCAUCGACAAUGCACAAGACUUAAUCCAUCACUCCAUCUAGCGUCACCCACCAUCAUCGCGUGUGAGAGGAACCAAGAGAGAAAGAGGGAAAGAUAGAGCAAGAAAAAGUAUGAAUGCGAAUCGUACGUGAUAUGGAUUAUGUUCCUGAGGAGGGCGGUUGACGACAUACAAGAAGAAAGAGAGAAAAGGGCGGGAAAGAAGCAGUAAAAGCUUGCUCCCGUGACUGCUCUCUCUCUCUUUCUCCACAUAUAUAUAUCUUUUUCUACCGACGAUACAACGUCGGAUUGGGUCGGUUUCCCGAUGUCUGAGACCACUGUCAUGGUUGUCGUCGCUGGUCAAUCACCAUCGUCACCGCCUUCCCGGCAGAAGCGCAAUGCUACACGGAAGCUGACUCCUACACGUUGCUGCGAAUUGGCUUUUUGAACGCGCCGCGCGGACUACCAAAGCAAGAAGACCAUCUGGUGCCAUCUGGUUCUCGAGUGGACCCCGAUCCAGCUAUCCGAGCUUUCUUCAUUCGCCGCCCGGACUGAAGAUCGUAAGCAGGGCUGCUUUGAUCCAUCGCAUUGAUGCUUCCCUUCGGCGGUUUAAUUCGUCGAUGAAUCUUAACUGAAGUUCCACCACCGGCAGUUCCUCUUUCGUCGCUGCGUAAUCUUCUUUCUUUGGACACAUUAUAUUAUUAUUGCACAUUGUUAUGGAAAAAAAAGUCUACGGUUUCCUUUGAGAUAACCACGACGUUGAGAGAUUGCGAGAUAGUCUUCAAUUCACUAAACCGUCUCGAAAGUUAAAAAGGCUUUUUUGCUCGGGAACGCGCAGACGGCAUCUGAACCGAUUCGAUUGUCCUUUGAAAUCUUUUAGAAUUGUAGAUUCUAAACCGAAUAGUUCGGCGACGGAGACGCGCGUGUGCAUGAUGAAUGCGUGUGUGUACGUGUAGCAUUGAUGAGAGAAGUCGGCUAGGCGUGAACCGUGUAUGUACGGGACACACUCGAAUAAUUCCGUCUGGGUGCGUCUCGCAUUUAUCCGGCUUUCUGUAUAUAUAAAUAAUGUUCGAGAAAUGCGAAUAGUUAGCGCAAUUUUUCGUCUCGCUGUUCGCGAGACGGUUUUUAAUUUCUGGACUUGAACGUAUAGAGCGCUUUCCUCUUCGAGAGCGACUCGCUCGCAGUGCAAUUGCGGCUACUCCACCGCGCCUGUACUCAUCGAAGACUCGUUACGAAUAGACCUUGACGAUUUUUUUACAUAGACGGAAAUCGUUCGCCACUCUGCAUUUUUUUUCUCUCGAAGAUUCAUCGCUCACGACUCGAGCCAUCUCGACGAACGGUAGCUUUAGAGAUCUCCAGUCGUUCCUACACGUAAUAUCCCGAGAAGCCGGACUUUCACUUUACUUUUUUACGUAACGCAAGUUACAAGCCUCGGCCUCUCUGUCGCGAAAGGAGCGCGUUUGCAUUAUGCGAAUUUUAGGAUAAUUACUAGGCGAGAAAUUCAUCGACUUCGAGCGAUCUGACGGCGCAAAGCCGACGAGCGGCUUUCGCGCGAGAGCACGACGUAUCGAUGCUAUAGGACGAAUUGUAACUCGAUAAUCUUGCUUAAUCGUCACGCUAUAUCACCGGCGAGAGACGACCCCCGAGCUUUGCGGAUGUAUACGAUAAACGACAAAAUUAGUUCAAGUUGCCUCUUCUAGUAAGAAUUUGAUGUUUAAUCAUUAUAACGCGGUUUAAUCGUCGUCAUAGUCCUAAGGAUCGAUAGGCAAUCGGUGCGAAUCCCAAGGAAUAUCGUUUCCACCCUGAGGCAAUUAGCUGUCGUCAGCGAAUUUAGUUCGUAGCCGUUCGUUUUUAAAUCGAGGAAAGGUAAAAUCACUCACUUGUAUCCUCUAACUUGUAUAAUUCGAGCAGAAAUCACGCGAGUUUCCUUAGGCCUAUGAAAGUUCGAAACGAGUUCCGUUCGUAUUCGUAGCAUUUCUCUAAAAUAGCAAACAAACGAAAAAGAUACGUCUUGCUCGCUUAAAUCGUCCGCUUUCCCGGCGGAACUUCUUCAUUAAUAAGUCCGCCCGAGUAUCUCCCGUAAUUCAACGAUUACAGACUCAACGCGAGAAAGAUCGCGAGUGUCGAGAAGGAAAAUCUCGUUCUCUUAAAAAGACUUCACUUAGUUGAAAUUGAUGUAAUUUCACUGAUAUUACGUCUCUAAUGAUGAUAUUAUUUCACGAAUUGUUUCAAUGAUUUCCAACAUAAAUUGAAAUCGAUAUCUGGCUAUUAAAUACGGUGCUCGCGGUCGAUCUUUCGUGUCGAGUCGUCCUGGAAAGCAUUUAACGUCGUGCCAAUGACUCUCUCGGAUUUGUAUCGUUUUGUAAGAAAUCCCGUGCCGAAGCCUUUCUUAGCGAGAAUGUAGUAAGAACCGCGCGUUGCGUCGUGGUACGUUUUCGAACAUUUGUACCGACUUUCCUCGGCAGCGUAUAUACAUAUAUUACGUACAUUAUGUUAUUUGCGAGUGCGACUACAUGUUCAUCGAGACGCAUCCUCAUCGAUUAAAUUAAAAGAAGCCGUAAUGUGUAAAGAAUUUUCUGAGGUAUUAGCGGCGAGGAGCUUUAGUUUAAUGCUUUAGAAAAUCGUCCUCGGUAGCAGUUUUUAUUUAAUCCGCGAACUUCUUAUUUAUGACGAGUACCACUCUAGUAUGGGUUUAAUAAAUAUCUGUGAAAAUUCA